AUGUCAGUACUUACAGCCGCAGCCUGUAGAUUCAGCACUAUUGGAGAGCUCCUCAUGAGAGCUUUCGCUCCUAUUCCUGACCCAGAUGAGUGUCCUGAGGCAACGGACAAGGAGAUCCCCGACACGGACACCAGUGACUCAUUGCAGGAUGACCUGCAGCUGUCUCCAACCUGCCAGCUGCUCCUUCAGCUGGAGCAGAGCAACCAGGUGCCCACCUUAUCUCAGCUGGUGCCACUGCAGUGCGCACCUUCAGGAGCGCACCCCACCCUGCUGUCGCCGCCAAGACCAGCCCUGGUUGAGCGGCAGCCACAAACCCCGCAGCCAGUCCCACUGCGCUCCAGGAAGAGAACGCACAAGGGCACCUCUCCGCAGGGCAGGGCUCAAGAGGAUGCGGCUCUGGCUACAGUUAUUGAAGAAUCUGUGCGUCAGAUGGGCAGGGUGUGCACAAGGCCUCACCUUGAUAUAAGCACACCCAAUAGUGCAUUUAUGGCAUUUAUGAUCAGCGAGGUUGAGAGCCUGCCACCUAGCUAUCAAAGCCGUUUUAAACUUAACAUGCACAAGAUGGCAUAUGAGCUAAAGAUGGAAGCCCUUAGCGAUAAAGAAAAUCAGGAAUAA